AUGGAUUUAAGCUUUGGUUUCAGAAGAUUCAUGGAUACUCUGUUGUUAACUCUGCUUCUACUACCUAUUAUUGACCUCAAGUUGCUAAUUUGUAGUCAGUCUUUACUUGUUCUGCUGUUCUUUGAUCAAAGUUGGACAAAUAUUUUGAGGAAGAAAAUUGACUUAAAAAAGUUGUUUGGCUUUCGUCAAGAGUUCAAAGCAGAAAUGGAUCAUUCUCAGGAAGCUCUUCAGGUUUGUGCUCUGAAAGUGAAUCUCAAUUGCGAGCCGUGUCGAAGGAAGGUGAAGAAACAAUUGCGGAAACUUCAUGGAGUGCAGUCCAUUGACAUAGAUACAAAGGAAGGAAAGGUAACAGUUUAUAGUACACUAGACCCUGACAUACUCAUAGCAAUGCUGGCAAAGGCAGGGAAGAAAGCAGAGCUUCUAUGGGAAUCUAAGCUCCAAGAGAACAACCAAAGCCAAGCUGAACCUGAACCCGAACCCGAACCCGAACCCGAACCGAAAGAUGUCCCAUAUGCACCCCCCAAUGAUGCUCAAUCUCAACCAGAUGAACUUGAUUUUUAUAAGGUGCAAUUAGCACACCUACAGGAGUUGGCCAAGAAUAAAGGGUUGAAACAAUUGGAGCUCACAACCCAUUCUAGGAACAUCAAGAUGAUCUUCAAGGACCACAAUGAGGACCCUAUAAGUCAUGCUACUCCUGACCACUACUCGAAAGUCGGCAUGGACGAACCACCGUCACCACCACCACCGGAUGGUGGUCGUUCAAGUCACCGUGGUGGUUGUCCUUCUCAAUCUAGUAAUGUUGGUGGUGGUGGUCCUUGUCCUGUAACCGAACCUCCUGGCUCUUGUUCCAAUGGAGUUGAUUUUCUCCACCGGGUUGGUCCCGGGCAGUUUAGUAAGAGAACAGUGAGGGGCCAUGGGCUUCCACCACUGACCCAUUACCCACAUCGUGUGCCCCGGCCCAUGCCCGUGCCGCCACCUUAUUACGGGCCUCGUCCUCCUAGUACUUACCAUGUUCCUGGAGGCCCAUCACCUGCAAAUGCUUUGUAUGCUGAUGUAUACUGUCGUGAUGAACGCAAUGCUUGCUCGGUGAUGUGA